GAUGCUGCUGUUAUUGUCCUCUAGAUGGCAGUAGUGCUGAGCACACAGUUAGCAGAGGCAUUAUCCGAGUAAAAGCUCAGAGCAAGGAAAACUCGUGUGGAGGUUCAGUGCUGAAGAAAUCACGACAACACACUCCAGCUUUUAUAUUGAACCUUCUGCUGCCAGACUGUUUAUCUGACGGACACUUCAGCUGCUUGCCUUUAUUCAGUAUAUAUUGGGGCUCAACUGUACAUUCCUCUACAGAAGCAAUCAGGAACGCUGGACUUUGUUAUUUCAGCUGAUAUUUCAUACACAAACAGGCCUGAUGGAGGAGACACAGCAUGUUAAAAUGAGAGCAAAAACAAAAUCACUGAAGAGAAAAAACAGAAAACGUGUCACCUGCACUCAGUGUGGGAAGAGUCUGGCAGACAAAGACAGUCUCAAGAUCCACAUGCGGAUCCACACUGGAGAGAGACCAUUCACAUGUUCUCAGUGUGGGAAGAGUUUCAAAGACUCAUCAGCCCUUAGAAGACACAUGUUGAUCCACACUGGAAAGAAAGCACACACAUGUGAUCAGUGCGGAAAAUCAUUUAGGUUGUCUUCAGGCCUGAAUGAUCACCUUAGAGUUCAUGCAACUGAGAAGCCAUAUUCAUGCACUGUGUGUGGAAAGAGUUUUGCACAUCAAGUAAAUUUAAGAAGACAUCAGAAGAUCCACAACAGUGUGAGAGAGUAUGUGUGCUCUGAGUGUGAGAAGACCUUUGUUACAGCUGCAAACUUACAACAACACCAGAUGAUUCACAGUGGAGAAAAACGAUACAAGUGUUCACACUGCGACAUGAGAUUCAGUUGGUUAGGAUGCCAGAAAACACAUGAGAGGACUCACACCGGAGAGAAACCAUACAAGUGUUCACACUGCGAGAAAAGAUUCGGUCGGUUAUCAAAUAUGAAAAUACAUGAGAGGAUUCACACUGGAGAGAAACCUUAUACCUGUUCACACUGCGACAAGAGAUUCAGACAGUUAAGAAACCUGAUAACACAUGAGAGGAUUCACACUGGAGAAAAACCUUAUCCGUGUUCACACUGCGACAAGAGAUUCAGUCAGUUAGUAAGCCAGAAAUCACAUGAGAGGACUCACACUGGAGAGAAACCGUACAGCUGUUCACACUGCGACAAGAAAUUCAGUAAGUUAAGAAGCCUGAAAACACAUGAGAGGACUCACACUGGACAGAAACAAGUGAGAUUCAGUCAGUCAGAAACAUUGAAAAACACACAAGAGUGUCACGUCUGAGAGUAACAUUAACAUACAGAUAUGCACACUUGCAGUAUUGAUGGGUCGUUCUGGAACAAAUCUUUAAUGCGACUCUGCAAUAACGAGUCCUUUCCGAGUGAUUCUUUCAUUGCUGUAUGUGCAGAUAGGGGAAAUAAUUGAUUAUUUUAUAUUCUAUCAGGUUUGAGUCGUUCAUUAUUCACUUGAAAUAUCUGUCGAUCUAUCCUCUAUGCAGUUUGAGCAAAAAAUUUUUUAAGUCCUCUGGUUUUUGAGUACAUGUAACUUGAUAUCAGGAUUGUAUGUAGGCAAUAGUUCAUUAUUUAUUAUUUAAAAUCAUUAUUUUCGUCUGAAAGAGCUUAACUCUUUCAGUAUUCACGGCACCCAAAUGUGUUAAACCCUGUCAAUACACAUUUAAAAGAUAUUAGAGAAUGUUUUGUUCUUUAAGUUGAGGAUAAUUCAUUAAUAUAGAUCAGGGGUGUCCAAACUCGGUCCGGGAGGGUCGGUGUCCUCAGCCUGAUCUCACGUGGAAACAAAAGUAUUUUACGUUUUGUCAGUUUAUCGGCUAAUUCGGACAAAAUUAAAGUUGACAAAAUUUAGCCUACCCAAUUCACCUGUACCGCAUGUCUUUGGACUGUGGGGGAAACCGGAGCACCCGGAGGAAACCCACGCGAAGGCAUGGAGAACAUGCAAACUCCACACAGAAACGUCUUUAAUUCAGCUACCAUCAGACCUGUUCAGAAAGGUUCUUUUACAUGUUUAUAAUGAAGGAGGCCUCAUGGAAUCCUCCAUCUUGGUCAAAUAUAUAGUGGAGUUCAAGCUCUCCAGAUGUGAAUCCUGUGGUUGGCUCUACAAAAACACUGGAUACUGUGGCGAUGGGAGGACAGGGAUGUACAAAGCAUUCUAUUCAGACAAGAGUCUGACGACUUCUGCCCUAUGCACUGCUACUAAACGAUGAAUGGAUGGAUUUGUACUUAAUGGAUGGAUUUGUGGUGAACUGAUGGAUGUAUGGAUUUGUAGUCAGUGGAUGGCAUGUUUUUUUAUUAAGAGAUUGUUUUAUUUGUUUUUUGAUAAUUAAACCGAAAUGUUUAUUGAA